AUGAGCAUUGAGGUGCACGUGCGCGUUCGCCCGUCCGUGGCGAACGUUGUAUGGUCCAGUGCCGAAACCGUGCUUUACAGCACGGCCAACCCCAACACCCGGUACGUUUACAACAAGGUGUACCCGAGCAACAGCACGAAUGAGUCCAUCUUCCACGGCAUGGAGGCGGUUGUGCACGCGGCGUUCGAUGGCAAGAACGUCACCAUUAUGGCGUACGGUCAGACCGGCAGCGGCAAGACGCAUAGCAUGAUCGGCGUAGAUCACGAUUCUGGCAUGGUGCCGCGGGCAGCAAAAUUACUGUUAGAGUUGAAGCGAACCACUCCGGGUACAAAGAUACAGGCAUUCUACACGGAGAUCUACAACGAGUCCGUCAAGGACCUUCUAGAGCCUCAGCGAGGCGAACUUGUGCUGCACGAUGCCCCUGACGGUGGCGUUUUCUUUGAUAAGAAGAUGAUCGACGUGGAAACGUUUGACGACUUUAUACAGCUGCAGGCGGCAGCGGAACGGAACCGCAAGUACGGCGUCACCAACCUGAACGAGCACAGUAGUCGCUCGCACGUCAUCCUCACCUUCGAAAUACAUCGGCGCAAUCGGGUUGGCAAGAGCGUCAUCAACUUGGUCGACCUAGCCGGCUCCGAGUCGGCGUCGCGCGCGAACACGGAUGGCAUUUCCCUUCGAGAGGGCGGCUACAUCAACCGCAGCCUUCUAACUCUGGGCAACGUGGUGGACGCCAUCGUCGAGAGGCGACCCUAUGUUCCAUACAGAGACGCCAAGCUGACGCGCCUCCUUCGCACAUGCCUGGGCGGCUCCGGUAUCACGCUAAUACUCUGCUGCGUGAACCCCUCCCGCGAGAACUUUGACCAAACCGUCGCGACACUCCGCUUCACGCAGCGCGCGAUGAAGAUCAAGAACGACCCUGUCGUCGUUCUGAAUAUGCCGCCACUUUUCACGCAUCAGUAUAGUGACGGUGCACGGCAGCUCAUUGAGGGCCUGCAGGAGUCGGCUGAGGCGGAGUACCAGCGUGGGCUGCGCGACAGCUUUCACUACUGCGGCACCACGGUUGCCUUGGUCGUCAGCAACUACCAGGCGCAGGUGUCCGACUGCUUGCACUCGCUGGCGAACGCGCAGCGCCUGCUCGUGGCGCACGACCACGCCAUGGCCAUCGACCAUAUUGGACGACUGUAUAACCAGCAGAACGACCUGGUGCGGCAGCGGAUCGGCAACCAGGAGCUGGCUGAGAACGAGAGGAAGCGGCAGCGCGACGUGGCGUCCGAGAUCGAGUCCCGAAAGGACAAGAUAGCGAAACUGGAGGAGGAGCUCAGGACCAAGGUCUCAUCACUCGACACGAAUUUGGCAGGGUGGGAGUAUCAGCUCUACGAGGCGCGGCAGAAGCAGCGGAGUGAGAUGGACGUGCUGCUUCAGCUAGAGCUGGCGCGUCGUGCACGCAUCCAGUACGAGUGGGUUGUGUGCUGGGAGCGAAUUGCGUCGCGCAAUAUUCCCAUCAUUCAAGCCGGGCUCUCGGCGCUGCAGGCGAAGCUAGUCGAAAACGCCAGCGGUGCUGCAGAGCAUCAGCAGUACCGCCAUCACCUCCAUACCAUCCUGUCGUUGCAGGAUGGCGAUGCCGGGAGCCGCACGCUGCAUAUGAAGGAACUGCGGACGGCCCUGAUGAAGGCUCGCGAUGAAUUGGAGGACCUGAAGACAGCACACGAAAUGGUGAAGGACGACAUCGAGGAGGCGAGGAGGCAGCAGCAGCAAGACAGCGAACGCGGCUCCGCUUCCGUAUCACCGCAACCGCUCCCGAACGUGUCUGACCUCUCAGAGGAGGAUCUUGUCGAUUACUACCGCGGCGUUGCUGACAGCGAGGUGGAGGAACGCAUUCACCGUCUGGAGCGUGAGGAAAAGGCGCUGAUGGCGCAGGCACGGCGUGGCGUUCGCCGCGAGAGUCUGCGGCGCGUGCGCGAGAGCCUUCGUGUAUCGCGUGGCAGCCGUGGAGGCAGUAGCCGCUCUCCGCAGAGUGGCGGUGGCGGCGUCACUAUCACUCGCCUGGCCGAAACCGCCGGCGCAGGACCCGGCUCGAACGCGUCACAGCAUGGCGGACGCAGUGUAGCUGAUGAAGAGGUGCGCGCUGGCUUUCGCCAGGCGGAGGCGACCGCGCAGGUGGAGGCGCGGGGCCGGCGAAGCUCGGCCAGCUACGCGGACGGCGUGAAGAACGCGCUUUCCAUCUUAGACAGUCUCAAAGCGCAGCUUCAGCGCAGGGGCGGCAGCAGCCAUGCGUCACCCACGGUAGCAUCUACAAGCCGCAAUCAGCAGACUCAGUCGCAGCGGCAGCAGGGGUCUGCCCGCGUGCGUAACCAUCGUAGCGUAAGCAGCAGUAGCGAGACGCGCCGACGGCAGGGCCGCAAAGGCGUUGAGGAGACGGCGGUGUACCACGACCCCGAAGAGGGCGAUGUAGGAGAGGAGCAUCAGUGCGCCGCUCCCCGCUCUGCCGCAGAGGCUGCUGCGCACCGGCGCCACCACGCCACUGUGCCCGACAGCGCCGACGACACGGACAACAUUUCAUUGGCAGAACUGUAUCAGGCAUCUAUGGGGAAGGAGAAUUGGAGUCGGCCCAAGCCCUCUGCUGCUGCCGCCGUGUCUUCUCGCGCGGCGCACAAGUACACCGCGGUCGCGGAGGACGAUGCGGCAUUCGACGCGGAUGAGGAGACACAGGAGGAAAAGGAGGACGGGCGGCCGGUAUCGCAUCAGCUCACCUCCUCCCCACCGAUCGGGAUUGCGGCACGACGCAAAGUGAAGCGGCAGAACUCCCGCCCGGCGGUGGAGCGGGCCCUUUACGCGUUGAACUCCAACUCUCACUCAACGUCUCCUUCAUGA